UUUGUUAAACCCUAAACCUUUCAUCUUCCUCUCACUCUCACGUGCUCCCCUUCUUCUGUUUCCCGCCGGCUCAUCCUCCCUUUCAGCAGCUCAGUAUCGCUGCCGUUGCGCUACCGCCUCUCCGAUUCUGUGCCGCCGUAGCCUCCUCAAGCGGAUUGCGCCGAUUUUCGACGCUCUUGUUGUUACUGGUGUAUUAUUCUUUUCGUUGAAUUGAAUUUAGCUAAUUAUGGGCAAGAGAAAGAGCCAUAAGCAAGAAAAAAGGAACUCUAAGAGAAGAGUCGCAGACGAUGAUGCUGCCUCUGAAGAUAUGGACGAUGAAAUUGAUGCCUUUCACAGGCAGAGAGAUGUUAUUCCACUUGAUAUUAAUGGUGAUGCUCCGGAGUCAGAUGAAGAUGCUGAGCAUCCUGUUUUUAAUUUAGAGGGUGUUGACGAUGAAGAUGAAGAUGAAGAUGAAGAUGAAUAUGAAGAUGAAGAUGAUGAUGAAGAAGAUAUCCGUGAUACUGGUUUUGCUGCAAAAAUUGCCAGACAACAGAAGUUCUUGCGGGAAAAGUUUGGUGGCGUAGAUGAUGAAAUGCACGAGGAUGAAGAUGAGGACAUGGAAGAACAAAAGACUAUAUGGGGUGGAAGGAAAGGCAAAUACUAUGAUGCUGAUAAUCGUGAUUUUGAAAUCCAAUCAAGUGAUGAUGAGUCCCUUGCCGAAGAGGAGGAAGAGGUAAUUCGAUUGCAGAAGGAGAAAGCAAAAACUUUCUCAUUGGAAGAUUUUGGCAUUGACGAUGAGAGUGAUAGGGAGUUAACUCUAGAGGAAAUAUCUGCAAAAGGAAUUGAUCCAAAAACUUCAACCAGAAAUGAAGCUCCAGAUGAUAUGAAUGCCACAUAUCAGGAGAUUGCUAAAGACGUGAAUUCUCUUACAAGGGAGGAGCAGAUGGAUGUCUUGAACAGUUCUGCUCCAGAGUUAAUUGGUUUGCUGUCCGAAUUGAAUGAAGCAGUGGAUCAACUUGAGAGCAAAAUUAAUCCAGUUUUAAACAAGGUUAAAAACGGGAAAAUUGCAGUGGGAGCAGGACUGCAAUAUUUGGAGUUAAAGCAGCUUAUUUUGCUCUCUUAUUGCCAAGCUAUAGCCUUCUAUCUUCUCUUGAAGUCUGAAGGGCAAGCAGUACGAGAUCAUCCUGUAAUAGCUCGGCUUGUAGAGAUAAAAAGCUUAUUGGAUAAGGUGAAACAACUUGACGAGAAUCUUCCAUCUGAGUUAGAAGAGAUCAUUAACAAAUAUCAUCAAGAAGAAACAGAUGUAAAACUGAACAAAGAGCAUGCUUCUGUUUUAGCUGAGCUCUUCACAAAAGAUCAGGGGUCUUCUCAUCACGCUUCUGAUGGCCAAGAAGUGGGAUUGCCCAAUGCAAAGACCGGGUCAGACAACGUGGAUAAAUUGAAGGAGAAAGGCAAGAAAGAAGGAAAGCAUAAACAAGUGGACAAUCAAAUGGGUGUCCAGAGCAUGGAAAUGUUAAAAGUAAGAGCCCUCCUUGAAGAAAAGCUAAAACAAAAGGACUUCACUCUAAUUGAACCAAAGCAAAAUGGAGCAAUGAAGCACCUGCAACCAAUUAAUCGGAAGCUCGAAGCAUAUGACGAUUUUAAGGAUGAUACUGAUGCUCAAGCUGCUAAGAGGAAGGGCCGAGAUACUUCUGCCGGUGCAGCAGAUCUCACCCGUCUUGUUGUCGCCAAGCUGAAGAAGCCAAAGGUCAUUUCUGGUGAUGAUGAUUUGCCUACAAGAGAUGAUAUUGGGGAACGACGGAGGAAAUAUGAACUUCAAAUGCUGGCGAGAGCUGGAUUCAAGUCAAAGGACGACACUAGCGUUCUUGAGAGUGAAAGCGACGGUGACGAGGGGGAUGUGAAAGGAAAUGUUGAAGCAGAUUCUGAAGAUGAAUUCUACAAGGAAGUCAAACAACAACGUGCUGCAAAACUUGCUGCCAAGGCUGAAAUUUACUCCAGGACGACGGAAAUUCCAUCGUCUCCGAAAACUGUGGAUGGAAAACGCAAAAUCACUUAUCAAAUGGAGAAGAACCGAGGCUUAACUCGACCUCGAAAGAAGUUGACGAAGAACCCAAGAAAGAAAUACAAGUUGAAGUUUAAAGAUGCAGCUAAUCGUCGUAAAGGUCAAGUCCGAGAAGUUAAGCAGCCUAUUCAUUCGUACGGUGGAGAGACGACAGGAAUUAACACAGGAAUCAGUCGGAGCAUCCGGUUUAAGAGUUAGAACAAUGGGAUUGUACCAGUUUUGUCUUCUUGAGAGUAUUACGGGCAUGAGGAAAUCUGUAUUAUUCAAGUUAUUUUUUUAUCUUCUCAAUCAGUAGUUGUCAAGUAGCAUAAUGUUCUUUAUGAAUGUCUUGAUGGAUCAAAUAGCUGGUCAAUCUGUAAAUCAUCUGAGAAAAUUUAUGUUAGAUCAAUCUAAAUCCGUUUGGAUAACAAUUUUAUUUUUGGUUUUAUGU